CACGGAGAUUCUGAAAUUUAAAAGUAGACAUUCAUUAAUAUUCAUAUAUAUGAUAUGCAUUAUAAACAACUUGAUUUCAUGAGAACUCAUUCUAUAAAACUGAACUAUGGAUAGGGAGGUUGAGAGACUGUUUUCCCUGCUGCUGUCCACUGUGAUGGAGGAUAUUGGGGUUAACAGCUGGAUGAUUGCCAAGAGGAGGAGAUCACACCUGAGGAGGGAGACUAUGCCCAAUAGUUGUAAAAUAAAUACUACUAGAUACAUAUUUGGCAGUCAGACUGAGGGUACAACAACUCCAGGGAUGAAAUCUGAUAUUGACAUCUUGUCUCCUAAUAACACUGUACAUGUGGCCCUUGAUUGGAGUAAAUGGCAGUGGGGAAAGCCUAAUCUUCUGGUUUUAAAGGAUGAACUUACUCCUCCUCAACACUGCUACUUGCAGAGACUGAGAGGUGACUGUCGACUACCAGAAGAACAAAUGACUGCAAUGGUAGAACAACAGGAGUGGUUACAGAAAAACAUUAAACGUGGUCUUAUAUUUCGACAUGGUCCAGCAGUAAGCUUUAAUGGAAAAUGUGACGUUGUCAUAGCAUACCAUUGUGAACAGCUUCCUGAGGAAUGUAAGUUCAUGUUCCAUAGAUCAUGCCCUGGACACUGGCCUCUACCUGACACAUUGGUCAAAGCCAGGAAGGCUGGAGUUUUUCUUGUGCGACAAGGCUAUACUGAAAGCCCAACUAAAACCAUGCGUAUUCCUCCAGGAUUAAUGGUUCCUUCAAAGUUAACAAGUUACCCAUAUUCAAAAUGGCAGUGGAGAUUUUCAACUUCAAUGAUGGAGCGAUAUCUAAUGUUUGAAUUAAGCACUGUUCAAGUGAAAACAUAUACUCUCACAAAAAUCAUUAGAAAAACUUUGUUCAAGCCUGAAUUUGGAGACAGAUUAAGCACUUUUCACAUUAAAACGGCAAUGAUGUUUACAAUAGAAAACUAUCCAGCUGAGAUAAGGAGGGAAGACAAUAUUGUGAAAUGUGUGUGUCUACUUUUGAACACGCUAAAAAGAUGGCUGAAACAGAAAUACUGCCCCAACUUUACAAUCUCUGGAGUUAAUUUGUUUGUGGGGAAAUUGAACUUAUGGGAGCAACCAAAACUGUGCAGAAUCAUUUCAAAUCUCAUCAACACAAAACUGCAGUGUUUGUUUGAUACUCCUAUGGACAAUAUUGGUUUAAGACUGCUACAAUGGACAGGCAUUGGAAAUGUGUCUGGAAAGAAUGUGAAAACAAGAACCCAGAUCUGUAGUGUUGUUCUAGAAAAGCUUCUGGUGUAUGAAACAAAUGAGCUUGGUAGAUGUAUACAAGAAUUGUUAGCUGAUAAUUCAGUUGACAGUAUUUUAAGCAACUUGUUUAUUCUACAAAGUAUGUCUGAUGUCCAAUGUCACCCUGAAUGGGAAGUAGCUUCUCUGCUGAUACCAUUCCUACAGGGCACCCUUGCCUCAAUGCUGGCUUCAAUGUCCAUUAGCCUGGGACAACCUAUCACACAGGAUAUAUAUAACAGGUAUGGGAAGUCACUGGACUCCGACCUUAUGUCCAGUUGGUUAAAGUUUGCCUCCAUGUUGUACUGCACAGGGCAGUAUGAUGCAGCUGCAAAAGUACUGACUUACUGUGAGGGACUGCUAGGACCAGAAGUGUGGCAGUGCUGUGGACAUGAAGGAAGGAACUGUUGGGCAGCAAGCACUUGGUUUAGGAAGAAAUUGACCACGUCCUCAAACUUCAAAGCACUAAAGAAACACACAAUGAUGUGUAUCACUUUCACAAAAAAAGAAUUAAACUGCAUUCCACAACAGCUUUUAUUUGAAAUGCACAGAAGUUUUAAGGCUGAAGACAGAGUUUCUAUGGAAUCUUGGAAGGAAAAUGCAGUAACUGACUGUAGCCCAUUCCUGUAUUACCUACAGCACCUCACCUACAGGGAACUACAAAAGUCCUGUAGAGAACAAACAGCCCUACAUAGCCUACAUAGACAGAGAGCACAAACCUCCCUACAUAACCUACAAAGACAGAGAGCACAAACUGCCUUACGUAAAAGACACAGAGAGAGAGCACAAACAGCCCUACGUAACCUACAUGAGUACACAAAUGGGACAAAACAUGGCCAUAUUGAUACAGCCUUCAACAUGCUGGGACACUGCUAUGAACUUCAGAACAGGCUGGACCUGGCUUGGAAGUGCUACAGCAAAUCAUUGACAAUCUAUCCCAGAGAGAAUGCUUCACUCUGGCAUGCAGUAUUGACUCUUCAUAAGUUUUUACAUAGCUGAUAUCCACAAUGACACAGACUUUGCUAUGAACUUCAGUAAAGUUUGAACCUGGCUUGAAUGUGCUAUAGCACAUCAUUGGAUAUUUAUGGCAAGAGUCUAGCAUGCUGGCAGGAUAUACAACUUGUUUUACAUUGUGUCACAAAGCAGCCAUAAUUUCAAUUAAAUGUUAUUUUACCACUGUAAAUGACUGUGAAAUACUUGUGUGGGUGUGUUUUUUUUAAUCUGUAAGAACGAAAAUAUUCAUAAAAGAAUCUUUUAACUGUUUUCAGAUAAUAAAUAAAGUGUUGCUACAAUAAUAACUCUUUAAGCAACAAAAAUUGUGAAUAAACACUAAGUGUGACCUUGACCUUUGAGGUAGGGACACGAGUCUUGCAUGCCACACAUCGUCUUGGUAUGUGGAACACAUGUGGCAAGUUAUUUUAAAAUCUGUCCAUACAAGGGAAAGUUACA